UUCCUGUCGUCUAUGGGACUUGAACCCAAGACCUCUCCCUCCCAAGAUGUUUAAAGGCUUUACCUUUGCCAAUGUAAAGUUUAUUGGUUAAAAGUUAUGUUAUUAGUAUAGAGUCAUCGUUAGUCGUUUAAUUAAAUAAAGAAAAAAAUAAUAAUAAAUAGGUGGGUGAUGUGUAACGGUUUGAUUGGCUCAAGAAUUAACGAAAAAACGUGAUUCAAACAAGUUAUCCAUUGACGCUUGUUAAUCCCACAACACCCUUUGUUUUGGCUCCCCAAUAACGAAUGUGCGGUGUGGUGUUUGGCACUUCAUCUGGGUGAGGUGAGGUGACACAACCAUAACGACCACAACACAUAAUUUUAAAAGAAACAAUAUUAAUUGUUCCACGUCUCAUAUUUGUACAUGAAAAAAAGGUACGUAUGCUAGAAUGAAUAGAUAAAUACUAUUGGAUCAAACCAAUGAAAUCUCUAUUGACAAAAAUAAGGUGAAUACUUAAAAGGUAUUCACGUAAUUUAUAGUGUCUUUAACUUUUAUUAUAAAUAAGAAAUGCUGUGUUUUAAAGUAUAAUCAUAUUGGUUAGAUACCUUUUUGUACAAAAUAAUAAUAAUAAUAAUAAUAAUAAUAAUAAUAAUAAUAAUAAUAAUAAUAAUAAUAAUAAUAGUGAGAAGAGUGAGUGCUAUAUAACAAAGCUUCACAUUUCAGAGUGUAAGCUGUGCUCCUUCAUCAUUUCUCUCUUGGCCUUACUUCAAGAUAUAUAUAGAUAUCGACUAUAAAAAUGGAAAACGACAAGGGUUCCCCUGAAGCUCCGAUCAGAUCUCCGGGUUCCGACCAGAUUGUGGGUUUUGAUGAUGGUGUCAUGAAGCAAAGUGGCUCAAGCUUUCAGAUGAUGGUUCCAAAUGGAAACGACGUCGGAAGCCCGAUUGAUAUUCCCUCCCAUCAAACAACACAAUCUGUUUCCAUUAGCAUUCCACAAUCGCCAUUGGAUGCCAAAAGAGUUUUCUUCAAAGACAAGGAUAGCCCGGCCCGAAACUUGAACUUCGGCUGCGAAAUUGAUGAAACGGGCCCCGAGAAAACACCGGAUCGUCUCACGACACCUGUUAAAAACCCAAGGAUGGAUGCGAUGAAGGACAAUAGAUACAACUCGUUUAAAACAUGGUCGGGUCAACUUGAGAGACAACUUUCAGUUUUACGUGGAAAGUCGUUGCCACGUAAUGAUCCGGAGAUAAACCCUCCCCAGAAUAUUCAAGGAGAGAGUUUAUCUGCGGAUAGAUACUUUGAUGCUUUACAAGGUCCAGAGUUGGAAACUCUUAGGCCUUCCGAAGAAAUAAUGCUUCCCGAAGAUAAAAAAUGGCCAUUUCUUCUUCGUUAUCCGAUCUCAUCAUUUGGUAUAUGUCUCGGCGUAAGUAGCCAAGCGAUAUUGUGGAAAAGUGCCUCAACGGCCUGGACCCAUUUCAUUCAUAUAAGCCUUAGAGUUAACUACAUAUUAUGGUGCAUAUCGAUCCUUUUGUUUGUGGUUGUGGCCUCAACAUACCUUCUAAAAGUAAUCUUCUACUUUGAAGCGGUUCGAAGAGAAUACUACCACCCGAUUCGGGUCAACUUCUUUUUCGCCCCGUGGAUCGCGUUACUCUUUUUGGCCAUUGGAAUUCCGCAAGAUCUCCACGCGCAUUUGCCACAUUGGUUAUGGUACGUGUUAAUGACACCGAUAUUGUGUCUCGAGCUCAAGAUUUACGGGCAGUGGAUGUCCGGAGGGCAGAGGAGGUUGUCAAAGGUGGCCAACCCAUCUAACCAUCUAGCGGUGGUUGGGAACUUCGUUGGGGCGUUAUUAGGGGCGUCGAUGGGGUUAAAAGAAGGCCCGAUUUUCUUUUUUGCCGUUGGAUUGGCGCAUUAUACAGUCUUGUUUGUGACACUGUAUCAAAGGCUCCCAACAAACGAAACUCUCCCGAAAGAGCUUCAUCCGGUUUUCUUUCUGUUUGUCGCAGCUCCUAGUGUUGCUUCAAUGGCGUGGGCCAAAAUUAAUGGCUCGUUCGAUUACGGAUCAAGGCUAGCGUAUUUCAUUGCCUUGUUUCUCUAUUUUUCAUUGGUGGUUCGUGUGAAUUUCUUUAGAGGGUUCAAGUUCUCGUUAGCGUGGUGGGCGUACACAUUCCCGAUGACAGGAGCUGCAAUUGCGACGAUAAGAUACUCGAUUGAGGUCCCAAAUAUUGUAACUAAAGGGUUGUCAUUAACACUUGCAAUUGCUGCUACAGUAACAGUCACAGGGUUACUUAUAACAACUAUUGUUCAUGCUUUCGUGUUACGAGACCUUUUCCCGAACGAUAUAGGGAUUGCUAUUAGCGGUCAGAAACCAAAAGCACAAAGGAAAUGGUAUCGUCGGAACACAUGCGGCUCGGCUAAAGAUAUUGAACAUCAAGUUAACUCGGGAGAGAAAGUAGUCCAAGUUCCAGUGAUAUCUUCGGGAUUAGGCGUGGCAGUGCGAGUAGUGUAAAUAGUAAUGAAGGUUUAAUGAUUAGACAAAGGAGGAGCUUAGUUAGGAAAUUAAGUUCCAAUGAACUUUGGAUGGAUGUGUAUAUAAAUCGACACUUUUCUUUUACAUAUAUCAAUAGGACACUUAUUUUGCAUCCUUA